CUGAGUCAAGAGGUGAACCUGGCGCGAGGGAAGAUUGGCGAGCUCGCGGUGAGCCUGCGCGAGCACGUCAACGUGCUCGAAAACGUCAAGAACCUGGACCCCAGUCGACGAUGCUUUCGCUCGGUGGGCGGCGUGCUCGUCGAACGGACGGUGAAGGAGGUGAUCCCGGCGGUGGAGUCGAACGCGGCGAAUCUGCGUCGAGCGAUCGAGGCGAUCAAGGAGCAGUGCGCGGUGAAGGAGGCCGAAUUGGAGGCGCUGCGAAAGAAGUAUAAAAUUCGCGUCCAGGGCGAGGACGCGAUGCCGACCGACGCGCGCGAGUCAUCGAGCGGCGGCGGUGUUUUAGCGUAG